GCCGAAAACGAUGUGCCAUAGCGGUGGUCCUUUUAUGUUCCCGAAGCUCCGGGGUUUGAUAUGAUUUAAACAGUACUUCAGCUUGUUGUUUUCUUUCUCUGUUUUUCUUAUACGACUUCGGAACCCGGCGCAUUUCAACCCAUAGGAGAUGCGCCCACCAAAACGCGGAUACAUUGUCCGGACAGGAGCGGAGGAGAGAAGCAUGUAACCGGGAGAACCGCACCGCCACCACCUGACACUUCCCUUCCUCUUUCCUCAUUAUUCCCCUCCAAAUUACGGGCUUCUCCAUGUGUUGACUCACUUCUCGGCACUGUUUGGGAUAUUUAUCUCCAGCAUGAUGAGCGAAGAAUCGUCAGAUGUUCCUAAAGAGCUUCUGGAGAGUGUGAGGGAUGCAGUGGGCAGGAAGGUGAACCUGUCACUGAGGAAGAAAGUCAAACUAGAGAUCAAAGGAGACAAGACGGAGAACAGAGUUUUGGCUCUUGCGACUCACCGCGCCUACCUCCUAACUGCACGCAUUCCAGCCAAGGUGGAACAUUCAUUUAAUUAUCUGGAAAUCCAGGGAAUUGCUUGCAGCAAGCCAACACAGCUACUUGUAGAGUACGAGCGAGGCUCGUUCUCUUUGAAGCUGCCCUCCACAGAGGAGGUGAACAAUGUGGUCGCCCAAAUAGGAAACUGUCUGCUGAGGAUAUGUCCUGGUCUGCCCCCGAGUAAGAUGAUGAAGAAGCUUUGCAUGGAGCCUCCAGACCGGCUGAGCUCCAUGCAGACUCUGUGGGAAAACAACAAGCCUGCUGAACCUGGACCCUGUGGUGGGUUUUCUCAGAUGUACAGAUGUGUGUGUGACUGGUUAGGACUGCCUUACAGAGAAGAAGUGCAGUGGGAUGUCGAUACCAUCUACUUGACACAAGACAGCAGAGAGCUCAACCUGCAGGACUUCAGCCAUCUAGAGAACAGGGAUCUGGUAGCUAUCAUAGCAGUCCUGGAGUUCAACCAGUGGUUCACCAAGCUGUCUACCAAGGAUUACAAACUGUCUGCAGACGUAUGUGAGCAGAUUCUUCGGGUGGUGUCUCGAUCCAGUCGACUGGAAGAGCUGGUGUUGGACAACGCCGGACUCAAAACAGAGUUUGCCCAGAAGCUCGCUGCUGCCCUGGCCCACAAUGCCAGCUCAGGACUUACUUCCAUUAAUCUUGCUAACAACCCACUGGAGGACAGAGGUGUUUAUUCACUCAGUGCUCAGUUUGCAAAACUUUGUUUGGGGCUCAAGCAUUUAAACUUUUCCAAAACCUCACUCUCACCCAAAGGGGUGAACAGCCUUUGCCAGUCACUGAGUGCCAACCCAUCCAUCGCCAGCAGCCUAGUCCAUCUGGACCUCUCAGGGAAUAUGCUUCGAGGAGACGACAUGCAGCAUUUCUAUAACUUCCUCGGUCAACCCAACAACCUGGCAACCCUUGACCUCUCCAACACAGACUGCUCACUGGAUCAGGUUUGUUCAGCUCUGCUGCGAGGCUCAGUUCAACACCUCUCUGUUCUGAAUGUGUCCAAAAGUAUUUUCCCUCACAGGAAAGGCAAAGAGGUACCUCCAUCAUUUAAGCAUUUCUUCAGCAGUGCCACGUCUCUCAGCUCCAUUAAUGUGUCAGGAACCAAGCUCCCGCCAGAGGCUCUCAAAGCACUUCUGCUUGGCCUGGCCAGUAAUCCCAGUUUGAAGGAUGUCUCACUGGAUCUCAGCUGUUGUGAGAUUGGCCAUUGUCUUCGAUCGGGCGGUUCUCAGAUCCUUGAAGGCUGUAUUGCAGAGAUCCCAAACAUUUCCAGCCUGGACCUCUCAGAUAAUGGCCUGGACUCGGAGCUGUCCACUCUUCUUGUUUGGUUAGCCAAGAACCGCUCCAUCAAACAUCUGUCUUUGGGAAAGAACUUCAACAACAUCAAGUCAAAAAACCUUGCUCCAGUACUGGAUGGCGUGGUUCACAUGAUUCAAGAGGAGGAGUCACCCCUCACCUCUCUGUCUUUAGCAGACUCCAGACUCAAAAGUGACCUGACCAUUGUUCUCAACGCGCUCGGUAGCAACUCCACGCUCACCAGGUUGGACAUCAGCGGUAACGCCAUGGGAGACAUGGGAGCUAAGAUGCUGGCGAAGGCAUUGCAAAUCAACUCGAAACUCAGGACUGUAAUCUGGGAUAAGAACAACACCAGCCCUCAGGGUCUUCAGGAUGUAGCAGCUGCUCUGGAGAAAAACUUCACCAUUCGCUUCAUGCCCAUCCCCAUCAUCGAUGCCUCCCAGGCCCUGAAAGCCAGCCCUGAGAAAACAGAGGAUGCCUUACUAAAGAUUGAGACGUAUUUAUACAGGAAUCAUGAAACUAGAAAGUACCUCCAGGAGCAGGCUUAUCGCCUUCAGCAGGGAAUCGUAACCACAACCACUCAGCAGAUGAUAGACCGGAUUUGUGUCAAGGUCCAGGACCACCUGAACUCUCUGAAGAACUCUGAGGCUGAUGCCAUCUUGGAAGAUGUUAGAUCUGCGGAAAAUCUAAUCAAAGACGCAAGAAACUCUAAAACGCUGCUCCGUAACCUUUACCACCUUGGAUCAGCAUCCAGAGAGCAGCUGAACAGUUCAUCAGCAGGUCCCAUCCAGGAGAAACUGCAGUCCAUGGCUGGGGAGGUCACCACCGUCAUGGAUCAGCAACUGCAGACUCUCCUGGGGUCUAUGAUGGACACUGCAGAGUCCCUAUGUCCUCAUGUGAUGAAGAGGGGAAAUCUUCGUCCUGAGUUGAUGAAGGCAAGCUCAGCCAAGAUGGUUGUACCUAAAAGCUUUGUCACUCAAACCCUCCUGGAGCAGUCUGGGGUGGAUAUUCUCAACAAGAUCAGUGAGGUGAAACUAAGUCUGGCCUCCUUUCUGUCUGAUCGAAUUGUUGAUGAGAUCUUGGAGGCUCUCUCCACAUCACAGCUUACACUGGCAGACCAUCUGGUACGACGAGGUCGCCCCUUGGUGCAGCAGGAGUCUGUGGAUCUGGACGUGCACGAGGAGAAGAUUCCUAAACGAGCAUCGGCUGAAAUCCUGGAGGCAGAAAGACUUGAGGAUCUGGAAACAUGUAUGAUGACCCCUAAGUCCAAAAGGAAAAGCAUCCACAGCAGAAUGCUGCGACCUGUGUCUCGUGCCUUUGAGAUGGAGUUUGAUCUUGACAAGGCCCUGGAGGACAUUCCCAUCUACAUGGAAGACGCCUCCACUUCAUCCCAAACUCCUCCCACCCUAUCUAUAGGUGGGUCCAAAGCAGAGCAGCGUCCAUCAGGAGCGAUCGCAGAGCUGCCGUCCCAAGAAGAGAAGAAACUGCAACACUUCACCAAACUACGACCUCGGAGGAACAAAAAGAUGCAUUCUAGCAAAGUAGCUCAAAUUAACAACACUCCAUCUCAGGAUGGCAGCGAGCAGAAUGGCCUCAUGGGCAGAGUGGAUGAAGGAGUGGAUGAAUUCUUUUCUAAGAAAGUUACCAAGAUGGAUUCAAAACGUUCCUUAAAGAGUUCAGAAUCUCAAGAUGGAGAGAAGAAAAAGAGUAAAGGAGGAUUUCUGAAUCUCAUCAAGCGAUCUUCCAAAUCUGAUAAGUCUGAUAAGUCUGACAAAUCAGAUAAGUUGGAGAAAGGUCAAGCAGCUCCAACAUCCUGUGGUGCAUCCUCAGUCUCUGCAGCUUCUGCUGCAGCAUCUGUGAUCCCAGAGGAGCCCUCCUCCCCAAAGGUGGCAGUCAGGAGCCCGCCCCCUGAACCAAAGUCGAGAGACUCCUCCACCCGCUCACAGCCCACUACAGACUACAGCAGCAGCUCAGACCGGUCUGAGGAGCUGAGGACUCCAGACUCCAUAGAUGAACCCUGGGAGGGUUCAGAUGGCAGGGGAAGUCCUCAAGGCGGGAAGAGGUACACAGGGGUGCAGAUGAUGGGAAGUGGCCUCCUGGCAGAGAUGAAGGCUAAACACGAGAGGAGAGCAUAUAAGUCUUCCAGCCCUGACAGGCCAGACAGCAAUGCAUCAGCCAAGCCUCAGUCCACAGCUACCGAGAGCAAUCCUUCCAGUUGUUCCGUUAACAAAUCCAACGCUGCUCCUUCUGAAAAGCCCUUAGCACGUGGUGAAACUAAGCCUGAACCAGCCUCUCGUCUCAGAGCAACAUCUUCCUCAACUUCCCCUGCAGGACCAGUAAACCCUAAACCACCAGUGCCACAAGGAGCAAAGCCAACCCUGGCUGCUCGGCCCACCAUCCCCCAAAAGCCAAGGACCAGCAGCAGCAGGAGCAUAGAUGAGAGUUCAGCUUCCCCCAGCAGUGGCCAUGUGUCUCCUAAAGUUCUCCCCUCCACCCUAAAGAGGGCGCUGUCAGAGAAAGACAAGGAGUCCAGCCUUCAGACAAGAGUUUCCACCAACAAAACCACUCAGGAAGCGAAGUCAGCAUCAGACCCUGCUCAGAGAUCCAGGCCUCACUGCACCAACUCUGACGAUCCCGGCUCCGUCAAAACCAAGGACAAAUGUCCAAACCCAGACAAGGCAACCAGCAAGAAGUCCUCAGACUCAGGGGAAGAGGCAGACAAGGACUUUAUAUUAAUAUGAGCAACUUACCAGGUCUCGGGCUCCUUUAUAGAAAACUAAACCAAGGGAACAAAACUUCCAUGAUUCAUUUAUUUACAGUAUGAUACAUCCCUACAAGUCGUGUUUGACUACAAAGUACAAAUCAGAUUUGGUAGGCGUGAGUUCUGCUCUAGAAGAAGAAACUCAAAGUUUAAACCUUAUAAUGCAUGACAGAUAUUAACCACUCUGGAUGCAGUAUGCCUCCAAAGCAAAACCAAAACUGCGCUUGGUCCGAAGAGAGCUUCCUUGGUCCAAACAGCAUUUUCCCUAGAUGUGGUGUCAACCUUGCUCAUCCUCACUUUUCUUUCUAACACUUCAGUGUCCGAGAAGAUGAAUCAUCAGGGGUUGUUCCAACUCCCUUAGACCAUAAAUAAAAAAUCAUGAAGUCUAGUCAAGGUUUAGAGUCUCUAAAAAAUAAAGCAGGGUGCUUUAAGAGACUGUGAUUAAAACUAACAGUCUACUAUUUUUUUACUGCUUGCUGCCAUAGCCUGACACCCAGGGACCAAACGCAACAAUAACCGCCAUACAAGGAUCACUGUACUUGAAGCCAAAACAUAUUAGGAAACAAGGACCUUUUCUGAUAUAUUUUUGAUGGAUUUUCUAACACUCUGUUUUCAGUAUGUUCAGCUUAACAAGUCCAGGCUUCAAAGUGACUGAAAAUGUUAUGCAAUUUCUUUUUUAAUCUACAGGAACAAGCAGGUUUCAGUCGAGUGUCUAAGCAAAGACACAAAUCAGAGAUCUUGUGUUUACUUUAUAAGUGGAAGAGCUGCAGACUGAAGAACACCAAGUAAUACAGAGUUUUUCUCCGUGUAAGAGCUGGAGUGGCCAUAUGAUGUGUUAUUGCUUUGUGAGCACUGUGGUACACUUUGACUUUACUGAUAAUCAGUAUGGCUUCAGCACUGUUAAAUAAUUGCUCCUUUAUAUUCAAACACUGUGGAAAACAUGAUUUCUUUUUCUAUUUAUCUGGGAAAGGAGCUUUGGGAAUAUAAUAAAAGUGCAAUAGAGAGUUGUGUUGGGUCCUUCCUGGAGCAUAUCUUUCGUGUAAAUUGUUAAAUAAGUUUUGAGCUCUACUUUUGUUAUUUUUGCAAAUAAAUAACAUUGGAACUCUGAUUUGCUCUUAAAAAGACAAGGAUCCUUCGCUUUCAGAACAAGUCAAUUCAUUAAGAUUUCACUAGUCUCCUACAUGUCCAGUGAAAGCAAGGAACCUACUGUAAAAGAGGACUAUUAUUUAAGGAAUUCUCAGUAGAAAGAUAAAGUUUGACAUCGUUUCAGUGUGUUCUUUGUGCAAAAGCAAAACACUGAAGGAACUCCAGCCUUCAUAAUCUCCCUCAGUUUCUUUUUGAUCUGCCUCAUCUUUCUUCUUUUCAUUAGAAAUUUGGAAAAUGUCUUAAUUCUUAUGCCUAAGAAAAAAGAAACGCACAGCAUAAGGCAGCAAUCAUACUGCUUGUUUAAAAGAAAAAACAAUAAUGCACUGUGUGGCGUGAAAGUGAACUGUGGGUAGGUGUAUAUUUACUGUGUGACAUCAACGUGGCCAUCAGGCUGAUUCUUCUGUUUUUAAAUUGUUUUUCCAAGAACUCAAACCGCUUUAACAACUUUAACAUUUGAUUGUUUUCUCAAAUUUUUCAAUGUUACACAGGAACACAGUUUGGGAUGUUCAUUUUAAUUCUGUUCUGCAGCAUCUCUGUCAUGCUUCUGUUGGGGUAAUUCUCAAUUUUCUGUAACUAUGGUGAAGCGCUAUAGACAUACAAGAAGGCAUCAUUGUUACUGGGUAAAAACAGAUUGAUGAACUAUAAUGGUAGACUUCCCAGUAACAUUAUGUACAGGGUUCCUACAUAGUCUUGACUCAAUUUUAAUCACUUUUCCUGUCUGGGUAAAUCUGGAAAAAAGACAAUUAUGCAUAGAAAAAGUCAGAGUAACUAGACUGUAUUUAUUAUCACAUAAUCUAAAGAAAGGCAAAAUCUCAGAAAACAUCAAGAGCUUUGAUUUAUUCAUUGCUGCCAUUCUUUAUCUUUGAUUUACCAAAUGAAAACGUAUGUUUUAGUUCACCUCAUUGGCUAUUUUGCUUUUUGGAUUACUGACGGAGCCCAGUGAAAAACCCAGUGAUUUUUAGCUACAUUAACAUAAUCUACCCGUUCAGGUCUAAAUGUCAAAGAAAGUAUUAGCUCUCCUAUUUCUGUUCUUGAAACUUUGCAAGCAAAUUAGUUAUGCCAGAUCAUGAAUUUUGCUGUAAAUCAUCUGCAUAAUCCAAACUAAUCCAGUCCAGAUUGUGAAAAGUUAAGUGUUUUGAUUUUAAAACAGAUGGGAUCCAAGUUGUUUAAAUGAGAAAUUUGUAGGGACCUCUGUAUAAUCUACAAACAUUGGUGAGAUCUUGAUAAAUUUUUUUUAACAGUUUGCAACAUCAACAAAAACUGCACUAAGUGAUUUUUAUGUGCGUCUUAUUUUUUUGAAGUUAGGUCCAGAGCUCUGACUGGUCCACCUUUCCCACAAUGUGGUGUCUGUUGGUGCCCUUCUAUGGUGUUGGGACGGUCCUUCCUUGUCACUCAUCACUGUUUCCAGAUAACACUGUUUUUGCUGUAUAUAGUCAAGAUUGGAUCAUCUUUUUUGUCCCCGAAGUUUACCAGAAUGCUAAAAAUGACGGGUGCUCUACAUCGCAUGUUGUCUAAAUUAAAUAUUCAUCUGUGGCUGUGUUCAGUUGCUACUUCUGACCUUUUUAGUGUAGCUGCAGCACAACAGAGCACAGCUUCUGUUGCAUUGUUUUAGAGACUGAAAAUAAGUUGAGAAUUAUUCUACCACAUGAGCAUCUUCUUUCUGUUGCUGUUCAGUGUACAAACAUGCCAGUACUCGAUAGCAUUCAGUCUAGACGUGUGUCUGUGUGUGACUGCAUGAUGUGGCCGUGAGUUCUUCUGUAUGUAUAUAUGUGGUUUCCUACAUAUAGGCCUGCGUGUUUAUGUAUGCGUAACAUAAGCACAUGUAAUAUACUCACACGCCUAUGUGAAAACAUGAAAUCCUGUGUUGUUUUGGUACUAAGUACACUACUAUACUAGGGAUCUGUUUGUAACUUAUUUGAAAUAAAAUAAAGCAACUGAUGGCUGUUCUUUGUUGAUUUUGAUGUUUGUUGACCCUUUGAACUUGUUUUAGAAAAGAAACUGUUUAACUGGGAGUACCUGAUAGAAAUUGCAUGUUUGCUCAUUUAUUUAAUUAAAUCAUUUCGUAUUGUGUCAUGGGUCGGCAUGUUUAAGUAAUCCUUGUGUUGGGAUUUUUUAUGCAACUAUUAAUACUGAUUAAAAUUAUUUUACAUGCUGUCA